GCCCCGGCCCGCGCCCCGCCGCCGCCCCCCGGCCCCUGCGUCGCCCCGGAGCCCGGGCCGCAGCCUGCGCCGCCCGCAGCAGCCCUGAGCCCGGCCCCGCCGCCCGGCCCUUGGAGCCUGCACGCUGCCCGGGGACGAAGGCGCAGGAAGCGCGUGGGGAAGAGACCUAAGGAAGGAGCGGGAAGGACAGCGCAGCCGCCGCCGGGCCCUGCGCGCCCCUGGAGCGCCGCGCGGCCCUGUCCGCGGGCUCCGGGUGUCCGCGGGGCGGCGCCGCGGAACAUGACGGCGCCCUGGGCGGCCCUCGCCCUCCUCUGGGGAUCGCUGUGCGCGGGUUCUGGGCGUGGGGAGGCUGAGACGCGGGAGUGCAUCUACUACAACGCCAACUGGGAGCUGGAGCGCACCAACCAGAGCGGCCUGGAGCGCUGCGAGGGCGAGCAGGACAAGCGGCUGCACUGCUAUGCCUCCUGGCGCAACAGCUCCGGCACCAUCGAGCUCGUCAAGAAGGGCUGCUGGCUGGAUGACUUCAACUGCUAUGACAGGCAGGAGUGUGUGGCCACCGAGGAGAACCCCCAGGUAUACUUCUGCUGCUGUGAAGGCAACUUCUGCAACGAGCGCUUCACCCACUUGCCAGAGGCUGGGGGCCCGGAAGUCACGUACGAGCCACCCCCGACAGCCCCCACCCUGCUCACGGUGCUGGCCUACUCGCUGCUGCCCAUUGGGGGCCUCUCCCUCAUCAUCCUGCUGGCAUUCUGGAUGUACCGGCAUCGAAAACCUCCCUAUGGCCACGUGGACAUCCAUGAGGUAAGGUGGCUGGUUUGGGGCAGGGCGGGGGUAGAGAUGGGGAGCCCAGGCCAGACUCUGUUAAGCCCUGGUCUCCCCCAGGACCCUGGACCUCCACCCCCGUCCCCUCUGGUGGGCCUGAAGCCACUGCAGCUGUUGGAGAUCAAGGCUCGGGGGCGCUUUGGCUGUGUUUGGAAGGCGCAGCUCAUGAAUGACUUUGUGGCUGUCAAGAUCUUCCCACUCCAGGACAAGCAGUCGUGGCAGAGUGAGCGGGAGAUCUUCAGCACGCCCGGCAUGAAACACGAGAACCUGCUGCAGUUCAUUGCCGCUGAGAAGCGAGGCUCCAACCUCGAGGUGGAACUGUGGCUCAUCACAGCCUUCCACGACAAGGGCUCCCUCACGGAUUACCUCAAGGGGAACAUCAUCACGUGGAACGAACUGUGUCAUGUGGCAGAGACAAUGUCAAGAGGUCUCUCUUACCUGCAUGAGGACGUGCCCUGGUGCCGUGGUGAGGGCCAUAAGCCGUCUAUCGCCCACAGGGACUUUAAAAGCAAGAAUGUAUUGCUGAAGAGUGACCUCACGGCCGUGCUGGCUGACUUUGGCCUCGCUGUUCGGUUUGAGCCAGGGAAACCCCCGGGGGAUACCCAUGGGCAGGUGGGCACACGGCGGUACAUGGCCCCUGAGGUGCUUGAGGGAGCCAUCAACUUCCAGAGAGACGCCUUCCUGCGCAUUGACAUGUAUGCCAUGGGGCUGGUGCUGUGGGAGCUCGUGUCCCGCUGCAAGGCUGCCGAUGGACCGGUGGACGAAUACAUGCUACCCUUUGAGGAAGAGAUUGGCCAACACCCGUCACUGGAGGAGCUGCAGGAGGUGGUUGUGCACAAGAAGAUGCGGCCCGCCAUUAAGGAUCACUGGCUGAAGCACCCGGGCCUGGCCCAGCUCUGUGUGACCAUUGAGGAGUGCUGGGACCAUGAUGCGGAGGCUCGCCUGUCUGCAGGCUGCGUGGAGGAGCGGGUGUCCCUGAUCCGGAGGUCGGUCAACGGCACUACCUCGGACUGUCUUGUCUCCCUGGUGACAUCCGUCACCAAUGUGGACCUGCCUCCUAAAGAGUCGAGCAUCUAAGCCCAGGACACAAGUGGAUCUCUAGACUCAGUGGAUCUGAAGAGGAAAGGAAAAAAAGUUGUGUUUUGUUUUGGAAAUCCCAUAACACCAACAAACACAUAAAAUGCAGCUGCUAUUUUACCUUGACUUUUUAUUAUUAUUAUAAUUAUUAUAAUUAUUAUUAUUAAUAUUAUUUUUUGGAUUGGAUCAGUUUUACCAGCACAUUGCUCUACUGUAUCGCAAACAGCGGACACGUCAGCAGGCGUUGAGGUGCUGAGCUGUGAAUGCAGAACCAGCGCCAUGCUGAAGAGCCUCAGCCACCUCCUGUUCUUGGGGUUCAUUUUUCCCGCUUUCUCUUUGUUUGUUGUCUCAGAAUCUGUGACACAAAGAAACCCAUCUCCUGUCUUAGGAAACUUAAUGCUGCAAACUCUACCUAGAGGAAUCUUUGAAGACUGUUACAUAAGAACACACCUUCCUCAAAAGAGGAGUUUCCCUCUGCCCUUGUCUCCCUCCUCCCUCCCUUUUAUUGUGUUUUUCUCCCUUUUUAGACAGUGAGUUUAAGAAACAGCAGAUGUGUCUUUCACGGAUUAACGGGUGUUGUCCUGACCGAGGAAAAACUGGGAUGAGGAUGAGGAUGGUUUGGACUGGAGCUGGAAGGGGAGGAUGGAGCUGGGGGUUGGGUUUGGAACAGAGCUACACUGGACUCGGGCACAUUCGGAGCAGCAUCCUUUGCUAUGAGGCUACUUCUCAGGUAACCAGGAAUCGAGGGGAAGGACCGUGUGGAGGCCGAGCAUUAAUGGCAAGAGAGAGGUUUGGAGAAAGUCCAAAAGCAGGUGGCUCUCACCCACCUGCUGGCCCUGACCAGUUUUUUCCACUAACUUGGGCUUGGGCAUAGGACAAAACAUUUUUCUGCCCUAUUUUAAGGUUAUAUAAGGGUAGAAAUCAUCAUGGUUUAGUGAGUACAUUCUUCAUAAGACUCAAUGCUAUAAAUAUCUGUAAUGGAGGAAAAGUUGAAAUAUGUUACUUCCUCCUGGAGCAGUUCAGGGAAAUGCCCACAGGGGGCCCCCUGCACAGCCAGGGUAAGAGGAUUUCCUAGGUGGGGCCUAGCAAGGUCUGCCUCUCUGGAGAUGCUGAGAGUCCUGCAGCACUGGCUCUGCCCCAAGUGGUGACAUAAAUGUCCCCUAUAUGUGGCUCAUGGGCACGGCUUUCUCCAGACCCCUUAAAGUGGUGCAUAUUCUAAAAACCCUUUCUCUAUUAUGCCAUAACCUUGCUCUAGUCAGUGAAUGUUCCUAAUGCUGCUGUUUCAACAUUUGAAUUUUUUUUAAUUUAUGAAACACGCAAAUUUUUUUUUUUUUAAACAAAACACACACAUCCACAUAUACACACACGCUUUGCUAUGUGGCUUCCGAGGUUUAAAUUUUGAAAAGUAAAAGAAUUAAAACUUCACGACCACAGACCACCUCAAACCAGAAAUACCUCAAAGUUUUCUACUUGUGUAAGUUUUAUUAUAUAUUUUAUUAGUUGUGUUGUCUUGUAGUAAGUAUAUUUUAAUGUAAGUUGGCUUUUAUGACAAGAAAGUUUAAAAGAAAUAGAGAAAAAGAGAAAAAGUUGGAGUCUUCUAGGGAGUGCUACCAUGUUUGUUUGAUAACACGCCCUUGUAAAUAAUUGUCAUCACUUGUAGGUUGGCUGUCUGGGCCGAGUCUGGGCAUUCAUCACUCUUGUUUGUAAAGGCUUUUCCUUCUGGUUUGUUUAGACGAUUUUAUUUAAAAACUGGAUCUCUUAAUCUUGAAGGUAGGCAAGUUGGUGGGCAAUGGGGAGAGGCUGACUUGGGUGAGAACGGGAGAGAGGUGCCUCCUCUUGGGUUAUUUGGAGGUUCAGAUGUUUCCCUCAACUUGACUGGUCGAUGUUCAGAGUGACAGGUAACCCCACUUUAACUUGGUAAAACGGUGGCCCUUAGAGACCCGGAUGAGGUAAUUUUACUUGAGAUUUAAUUUCUUAAGCAAAUUAGUAGCAGCGAUAGUGGAAGAGACCUGUAGUAUCUUGGUGAAUCUGCACUGUGACUCGGGCAGUCUGUGCUAGGGUAGCGUAUCUGGAGUGGGGAGUUCUCAGCCCUGCCCUGGAGUUUGCAGUCUCAGCGCUGCACGCACCCUGAGCCGCCUGCUUCGCGCUCAGCACGCUGUCUGCGGUGUCUGGGGCCUGCCACUUGGGUGUAUCCUUUUCUCUGUGUGUUUGGGCACAGAGUGCUGUGGGAGGUGAGUUUUCCUCCCUCUCAGAACUCAGUUUUUGCGUCGUGGGUCAAAAUGUGAGCUGGCCAAGGUGGUUACAGGGACAGGUUUUUGUGUUUUUGGUAUGUUGUCUUUUUCUUCUUCUUCUUCUUUUUUUUUUUUUAACUAUUUUGUGCUGUGGUAUUUUUCUUCCCUUGGAAUAAUUUUUAACAGCAAAACAGGCCUUACAGCAGUUGCUUUUCUUUUCCACAUAUUUCUUUAAGAAGCUUUAAAAUAUUUAUUGAAAAGUGCCAUAUCUAAUUUCUUUAGCUUUCUCCUCAGGCAGUACUGGGCAUCUCUACUUUUCACCCUCAGAAGAAACAAAUAAAGCACUAACAAAUGUAGCUGAUUUACCACAGGAAUGAUCAGGUCACUGGUCCUACCCAGUGUGGAAUACUAGACCCGAGACUCUCCGUUUGGUUUUAGAUUUCCUCUGGGUGAUUUUUCUUUUGUGUGCAGGCUUGAUUCUUGUGAGAACAAGUUUUGGCCUGGCUGUGAAGGGUUGAGCUGUGGCCCUGAUGUGGGACCUGCUGGUUAGGAUGCAGUACAGACAGGGCAGGCCUUCCUGUCGGCCUGCAUGCCUUUUAUCUGGGUGGGCUCCCUUCUUGCUGACCCUGUGCUCAGCUGCUGUAGCACCCCUUUGCGGCCUUGGCACCAGAAUGGCAUAUCAGGAAAUGGUACCUGUUUGGUGUGGCCAGGGAGAAGGGAGAGUCCGGGGGAGUCUGUGCCAGUUCUUUGGGCUUCAGGCUGCCCUUUCCCCAGGUGCUGUGGUAUAAAAUGCACCCGUCAGGCAGUAUCCCUGACUGCUGCUCAUGGCUAGAAGAAGGUGAGUGAUCUUUUUCCAAAGCAUGCCCCUGGGAGCCUGAGUGGGUCUUUUGCCUCAGAUCAGCUGUUUGCUGUCAUGUAUUCUUUGGGGAGCAAACCAUCUAGAGCCCUGGUUUGUAUUUAUUGGGUUGUAGGGCCUCUGCCUUUGCUCUUCUCCACAAAGGUUUCAUGUGAUAUCCACUUAGGAGAAGCUCAGAUAACUGCUACUUUUGUUUCCUCCAAACUCGGUGGAAGACUGGUGGGAAUGGAGUCUGGCAUCAUUUUCUCUGCCCAUGGGAAAGGCUGCUGCAUCUAGGGUAGGAGUGUGGCCAAGCUGGGGGAGAAAAGUGGCCAGGGCUCCUUGCUCCUUCCUUUCUAGUGCACUGUCAUCCAAGCAGCCUCCUGGCUGUGGGAUGGGCUUUCAGGGAGAAUGUGUUCUCUUUGAAAACACUCAUGAUGACUGUGGGAAGACAUCCCUAGCCAAAGAAAUCCAGGAAUGAGUAAGAGAAGGAGGAAGCAAGUGGGGACAGAGGUCACUGGGUCACACUGUCCUACAGAGGAUUCUUAAUGACAAGGGGGCCAGAGGAGGCCGUAGACAUAGUCAUUAGAACAUUCUGGGCCUGGCACGAGCCGGCUUUUCUCCUGGGACUGUUGGUCCCUAUCAGGAGUCUUUCUUUGAGUGAGUUACUCAGGGUGAGGGCUGCAGAUGGACCGAUCUUAGGAGAAAAGGAGACUUGGCUGUGAGGGAAAGUGGUGAGCAUCAGCAGCCUUUGUUGUUCAGCAUGGCCUUCCUGUCCUCUUGGCUCUUGGUAGGUGCCCGGAGGGAUCAGUCCUGCCUGAGGAGGGCUUCCCCGUGUGUGCCAGCUGCUUCUGACUUAGAAUUCACCUUAUCUGGACUUGGGGCAUUUGUACAGAACAAGAAGGACCUUGUCCAGCCUUGAACAUCUUCAGGAGGCUUGAGCCCCCCACUCAUUUUCUCAGCCAAGGGAAAGGCUUCUCACCUCCAGGCCACCGAGAUAGUUCUUCCACUGCCCCUAGGGUCCAGGCCAACUCUCAUGGCUUCUCAUGUCAUGGUUUAGAAAGCAAAGCAGGUGAUCUUUUACUUCUGCUCUGUCACCUUUCUCUCCAAUUGGCCAUGUUCUUGCUCCCUGCUACCCUGCCUCUCUGCAGUGGGUGCUUGGGCUGUGUGUGUGGUGUUUCCUUGGUGGCAAGCCCAGCUGUGUAUUCAAAGUCCACCCUGUGCUGUAUGUGGCUCUGAAAGCCUGUUACAUGGCCACUGUGCUCUGAGCCAUGAGGGCAGGGAAGUGGCUAUCCUAUCCAGGGUGGGAGGACUGGGUGGCCCCCUUGCAAAUGGAAUUUUGCCUUUUUUAGAAUGCAUUGUAAAUUCCCAGCACCUAUUGAUAAUAGAAGGAUUUGAUGUUUUGUAGUACUAUGGUAAACGUAAGUAUGUAAGUUUUUAGAACUGGUACUAGAAGUCAAAUAGUCAGGCAUUAUUCCUGAGAACUUGGCUCACUAGAACGAUAUCUAAAUUGGAAGGCAUUUUCCAGGAGUUAACUUGGUUUGAUCGUUAGUACCAGCUAUUUCAGUAACCUGUUGGGUUCUUAAUGGCUCAUCUUUGGAGAGAGGCCAGGCAUGGUUCCCAUUUCAGGGGUACUAGACCUUUCCAAGAAGCACAGUGAAUUUAUUCAUCUACCCUUCAAACAGGGUGAGCAGCCAGAAAGGCAAGGGCACGGUGGCUUUUUCUCAUUUGAGUGACAUGAAUUCUCCUCGGUCAAUGGCUGUUUACAUAAGCUGAACUAAUAAAAUACUCAGCAGCUAAUGUGUUCAACCUAGUAAUGAUGAGUUUAGGUCUUGAUCAACAGUAAUCUUUUAGGUAAAGAAAGUGGCCCAGUAAUUCACUUGAUGUUUAUCUUCUCAGUCUAGAUUUGCAAAUGUUAAAUGAAUUCAGGGUUAUACACAUAGUUCUUUAAGUAAGAUUCCUGGUAGUUGAUUUGUAACCAGCAAUCCACAUAUGAAUGUAUCCCAAACCUUUAAAAGGCUUGGAAAAGUUUUUUAAGAUAAUGAUUUAGUUUUGUAGGAAAAAGAAAUCGGAAGUUUAGAACACCACUCCUUCCUAAAUUUAAUUCAGUUGACUCAGCCACAUUUUAAAAACAGUGAGUGGGUCCAGGAGACCCAUAAACUAUCAUCAAAGUCCAAAUUAUCUGGGGAUAUUUUGAGUAUUCCUGUUUUAUACUCAUUUUGGGUCCACCGUAAUGGUUUGGAUAAGGUUUUGAAUUUAAAGGAUUUACCACUAUUUAAAUUUUUACCAAGCUUUUACACUUUGUGACAGUAUCUUCCAGGUGUGAGUGAAGCAGGACUUUUUGAUUGUGGUACUCCAUGUAUCCCUGUAGUGCCCAAACCAGUGAUAUUUUAUUUGCUCCUAUGGCAGCUCGUAGAGAUAACAGAAGUGGUUUUUCCUCAUGAAUUAAAAGGCAUACUCUCUAAAUGCCAGUGUGCGCUGAUGGCCCUGCACUCCCCUUUUGUCUCCAGGAGUGUCUUUGGAUUGUCUGGGGCCUGGGCCAUUCUGAGAGCUACUGCAAGCCAACUACAGGACGCUAAAGAAAUGCACACACGGACAUAUGUGUGUUUGCAAUGGAUCAUACAAACAUGCGCUCUUCUGGACAUCUACAGAAAAGUGUUACAUUCAUUUGCAAAGUUUACAUUUUUGAGCUCACAGUUAUGAAAAAUAAGACCCAUUAUCUAAUGCUUUUUGGGCAGGUGAGGAUGGGUUUUUUUGCAAAUGGAUGAGUUCUUUCUUGAGUCUGGGAAUUUCUGCUGUUGGUUGGGCAUGGGCUCGUUCCCUGCCUGUCCCAAUCACGUUUGCAUUGGAAUGUUUUUAGGUAGCAUUGUAAAUAAAAAAAUAGGUUAUAUAAUAGAGAUACGACACUUGAAAUUUUACUUUAAAAAAACCUAUAGCUCUACAUAUAUAUUUAGUUAUAUCACCUGACAGAUUCUUCUGCACAGUGUCGAGAUUGUUUUAUACCACAGAUUAUUUUUAUAAAGUCUAGUGAGUUUGAAUAAGAAUGAUUUUGUAACCAGAAUAACGAGCUUUACCUUUCAAGAUAAACGUACACUGGAGUGUGAGUGGUGUGGCGUUUCUACUUAGUGCCCAUGUGGAUUCUCAUGAUACACUGGCAGACUGGAGUCCAUUUCUGGGUCUUGUUUGGCCAAAACUCCACUUGUGGCUGUGUAGGACAGUGAUGCUUCAGUUCGGCUCUUGCAGGUUGGGACAAGAGGGGAUGGGGAGAGGUGAGAGGAGCCUGCAGUAUGUUCUACAUUUGCGCUUCCUCUGAGAUUUCUUUUGAAUAAAGGGUUCUCAGGUUAAAAAGUCGUUUGUAAGCUCCUGCCCUAGGACGUGGUAGUGUGAGGGUGUUUUGGGGAACAGAAAUUGUAUGGGGGUGCAGAUUGGGGUGGGUUGGGACUAGAAUAAGAAAUAGGCUACAAACAUUUGAAAUGAGGGUUUAGUGAUUUGAGUAAUCCACAAAACUGAACUAUUUAGGACCAACUUAUCUAGUUUUCAGGACAGAAUUUCCAGUUGAGAAAUGAUUUGGAAAGGGGGAGGGUGGAAUGGGUAGUAUGUGGACAUGGUGGUCAAAUUAAAUGGAGAGCUGCCAGCUCCUUUGUCCUCUCUGCUCAGGGCAGUUUGGAGGUGAGGGUGGUUGGCCAGGAGCCCGUUGAGGGAGCUCCGAACCCUGUAGCAGCAGAGCAUCUUUCCAGUGUUGACACAGGUUUUCCUGCUCUUCCUACAAAGGUCAGCAUCACUGCCAUGAUAGGAAGGUGGCCUUCAUGUUAGCUUUUUAUUUGGGGGUAGAGAGUGGAUGGUUAUUUGGGUGAACCUUUUUGAUGGGGAUUUAAGGGAAGUGGAUAAUGAAGCUGAUUGUUUCUAUCUGUAAUUGCCAGUCCGGAGGUCCAGCUGAAGGCCUGUCCCCCAGACCCUGCCUGCUGGCUUUUCAGGCUGCUGUGCCCAGUGGUGCACUGGUUGGGACAGUUUUGUCAGGAGAAUCCCUAAUGUGUCAUUUAAAACCAGCUGUGCUUUUUAUUCAGUCUGAUUUAGAGUAAAGUUUUACACUUUACCCCUUUUAUACUUGGAAUAAAUUUAGUUUCAGCAGAUCCAGUAGCACUCUGGGAACCAACCCAUUGGUCCUUUCCCUGUUCCCCAUGAAAGAACAUUUCUCUGCUCUCUAGCCACAUCUUGGAAUGUAAUUCUGUUGUGCCUUUGUUUUUGUCACCUGGCUCCCCACAAAAGCAACUGCUGUAAGCUUUUUUCUACUGGUAUUUUCUAGCCCCAAACCCCACCUUUUUGCUUUUUUCCAGCUGUAAUUUCUGGAUGCAGUUCUGUGCUCCAGGUAUUUUAAGAACCAGUUACCUCAGACCUCAUGUUGAACAAUGUCACCAUCUGGGUCCUCUCAAUACUGCAGGCUUGUAACAUACAUACGCGGGAACCCUGCCAAGUAUGGGCACUUCUUUGUUUUAAAGUAAAACUCUUCCCAAGGACUGACAAAGGGGCUUCUGGCAAGCUCUUAACAGCACUGUGGUGGGAUGGGUCUAGAGCGUCAUCUGAACGGUGCUUCCUAUGUUCCUCUUUGAAUUCUGCCAUUUUCAGUAUUCUCAUGUCUGAAUAGGCAAAGUGAUUCAAUUGGCUGGUCUUGCACACAAGUUAGUUCCAAAGAUGAGCUCUUUGUAACACAUUUCCAGUCACUAAAGCUCAAAUGUAGAACAUUCCUUUAAAUGGCAGGAUUAAAAAACCCACCAUCUACCACGGUGCAUUUUGGGAAGAUGUCUGUAGCAUAUGUUGCUGUGAAAUUAGGCCUUGCGGGAUAUGGCUGUUUGUCAUUUUGAUGUAUUUUAAAUAAAUAUAUAUAUAUUUUUUAAAGAGCCUUUUUUACCAGUUCAAGAAGUUUAAUUAACCAGCAGUCACCACAUCUGAAUUUUUGUCUCUGGGGCAUAGAUGGCAGAACAAGAUUAAAAGUGGUAACUCAGUCAUACAAGCGUGGGCUGCCUGCCUGGACUGUCCCGCUGACUGUGGACAUCAAGGUCAGUGUGUUCCAGUGGGUCCGGACUCAGCCCUCAGGGUGUUUGGUCUCUGCCCUGUUCAGUGGACUGUUGACUUCAGUCCCUGCAAGUGCUUUAGCCCAAGUGGGGUUUUCUGAGAGCACUGCCACGAGUUAAGUGUAUGUUUAGCCAAAUAAUUUCUCCGUAAGGGAAAAGCGCGCUCAUCCAAAUUUUACCAGCAGUGACAGAGAUGAGAGUAGGAAAGAUUAGGCAACAUCUGGGGCUUGAUUUGGAAAGUGUCUAAGUCAUUGUCAAAGGCUGUCUGGGAGCCAGUGACCAUACAGAGAUUCUUAGGAGACCUCAUGGGAAAGUGUUAAGACUCCUGUGAGGGGAAGAAUUGUUAAAAUGCCAGUGGCCUUUUUUCACCAUUUCUUCUAGAAUUCUGUAAAAACGCAAAGAAAAUUGAGUGGUACUUGAGAAUUGAGGGUGAGGGUUACCGCAGAUUAGAAACAUACUUCUAGAUUUCAGUUCCACACCACAAAUCCACACAAUGCCAUUUUUCAACUGUACAAAAGAAUCUGCUUAUGAAUUUGACGUGAUCCUGUUAGUGUCAAAGGCCAAAUUUUUCACCUGUUAAUAUUUUUCCACAUUUGUCCUUGAAUCUGAAUAACUUUAUACAGUACUGUAAAUUUAACUUACAUCGAGUUUGAUGUCAAUUCUUGUGAAAAGAGCUUCUGCAUGUAACAGACACACAGUUAAAGAACACAGCAGAAUACGAAAUUUGCAGGACCAAUUUUGGAACUAACAGCAAAUGUCACCUCUCAUUUUCCAUCUUAUGUAUCAGUUUUACCAGCUACUUCUAAAUUUGUACAUUAUUUGUAAGGAAAAGAAGGAAAACCCUAAGACUUGUCUAACUUAGUGGAGAAUGUGUGUGUUGGGUUUAGGAUGGAUAGCGAAGUCUUAUUGAGCUGUGUUAUCUAACUUGUAUAUAAAAAUUGUAAUUAAAAGUUUGGAUUCACCUGUUUCUCGCGGUUUAAAAAUGAGUAAUUGCAAACUCUGGAAAUGUGACUAGUAUAUGAUUUAAGGCUGUAGAAGUGAGGAAGCUCUUCAAGUGCUAAAACUAAAGACUUAAAGUUUUUGGCUCAAAUUCAGUAAGUAUUGUUUGUAUAUGUAAUAGGUCACUUUUCACCCUUGUAGCUAUAAAAUAAAAAUUUUGUAGAACAGAAAUAGCUUGUACUACUGAAUUAACAAAAGAUAUACUAAAGUAUCAUGUUUUAAAAUAUAUAUAUAUACAGAGUUAAGCUUGUUGCUGUCACCCUGUCUGGAUUUGAAAGUGUGCUGAUUUAUAUAUAUAUAUAUAUAUAUAUAUAUAACACACACACAUAUAUAUAUUAUAUACACGCACACAUCUAAAAUGGCCAAAAGCAGACAUCUGUGUAAUUACAGUUGCAAAAUGAAGACAUUUUGGAAAGAGCAUUGUAUCAUAUGGUUCAUUCAUUUGCAGUGGAUCUUUGUUCCUUUUUACUGUGGUAAUUUUAGAAAUGAGUGUCAAGUUUGAAAUUAGAUCUGCUAAGUUGGGGUUUUGCUGUUUGAACUCUGCACUGGGUCCUCAAAUAAACCGAUGUGAAUGUAGUUUUUUCCCCCUGUGUGAAGGAGCAGCCACACCCCAACAGAAUAGGAGGGAAAAUCUAGAGCUAUUUCAAGUUUUAUCUUUUUGUAUAUGAAAAUAAAA